UCUGCUUUUGCUCUGUCUGAAGUUAACAUGUCACUGAAAAACGAGCCAAGGGUAAAUACCUCUGCACUGCAGAAAAUCGCCGCUGACAUGAGUAACUUGAUAGAAAAUCUGGACACGCGGGAACUCCACUUUGAGGGAGAGGAAGUGGACUGUGAUGUGUCUCCCAGUGAUCCCAAGAUACAGGAAGUGUAUAUCCCUUUCUCUGCUAUUUAUAACACUCAAGGAUUUAAGGAGCCUAAUGUACAGACGUACCUCUCCGGCUGUCCGAUAAAAGCACAAGUUCUGGAAGUGGAACGCUUCACAUCCACUACAAGGGUACCAAGUAUCAAUCUUUACACUAUUGAGUUAACACAUGGGGAAUUUAAAUGGCAAGUAAAGAGGAAAUUCAAGCACUUUCAAGAAUUUCACAGAGAGCUUCUCAAGUACAAAGCCUUUAUCCGAAUCCCCCUUCCCACCAGAAGACACACAUUUAGAAGACAAAACGUCAGAAGGGAGGAGCCUCGAGAGAUGCCCAGUUUGCCCCGUUCAUCUGAAAACAUGGUUAGAGAAGAACAGUUUUUCAGCAGACGAAAACAACUGGAAGAUUACUUGACAAAGAUACUAAAAAUGCCCAUGUAUAGAAACUAUCAUGCCACGACAGAAUUCCUUGAUAUAAGCCAACUAUCUUUCAUCCAUGAUCUGGGACCAAAGGGCAUAGAAGGUAUGAUAAUGAAAAGAUCCGGGGGACACAGAAUACCAGGUUUAAAUUGCUGUGGUCAGGGAAGAGCCUGCUACCGAUGGUCAAAAAGGUGGUUAAUAGUGAAAGAUUCCUUUUUAUUGUACAUGAAACCAGACAGUGGUGCUAUAGCCUUUGUCCUGCUGGUAGACAAAGAAUUCAGAAUUAAGGUGGGAAAGAAGGAAACAGAAACGAAAUAUGGACUCCGAAUUGAUAAUCUCUCAAGGACACUUAUUUUAAAAUGCAACAGCUAUAGACAUGCUCGAUGGUGGGGAGGGGCCAUAGAAGAAUUCAUCCAGAAACACGGCACCAACUUUCUCAAAGAUCAUCGAUUUGGGUCAUAUGCUGCUAUCCAAGAGAACACUUUAGCUAAAUGGUAUGUUAAUGCCAAAGGAUAUUUUGAAGAUGUGGCAGAUGCAAUGGAAGAGGCAAAAGAAGAGAUUUUUAUCACGGAUUGGUGGUUGAGUCCAGAAAUCUUCCUGAAACGCCCAGUGGUUGAAGGAAAUCGUUGGAGGUUGGACUGCAUUCUUAAACGAAAAGCACAACAGGGUGUGAGGAUCUUCAUAAUGCUCUACAAAGAGGUGGAACUUGCUCUUGGAAUCAAUAGUGAAUACAGCAAACGGACUUUAAUGCGUCUGCAUCCCAACAUAAAGGUGAUGAGGCACCCCGAUCACGUGUCGUCCAGCGUCUAUCUGUGGGCUCAUCAUGAGAAACUCGUCAUCAUUGACCAGUCGGUGGCCUUUGUGGGUGGGAUCGACCUGGCCUAUGGAAGGUGGGAUGACAAUGAGCACAGACUGACGGACGUGGGCAGUGUGAAGCGGGUCACUUCCGGACUGUCACUGGGUUCCCUCCCAGCUGCAACAACAGAGUCUGUAGAAUCCUUAAACCUCAAAGAUAAAAACAAAUCUAAUAAAAAUCUGCCCAUCCUGAAGAAUGUUGAUGAUAUGGAUUCAAAACUGAAAGGAAUAGGAAAGCCAGGCAAGUUCUCCAAAUUUAGCCUCUACAGGCAGCUCUACAGGCACCACCUGCACAACGCGGACAGCAUCAGCAGCAUCGACAGCACCUCCA